CACUAUUCAAAGAAUUUGUGUCAAUACAUUUCGUGCAGAAAAACACGUUAGAAAUAUUAAAGAAAAGUAUUUUAAGUUUUGAGUACAAUAGAUAGCUUUAUAUAUAUGACAGUGACGUGCGGUGUAGAACGAAAGCUUUGCAAAGCUUGCUUAGUUUUCAAAUAGAGUGUCCACCUCAUGUUGGCUUACCAAGUUGCCAUGCUUAUAUGCUUCUAUGCCUGUCAUAUGUUCGAGUUAAACAAACUGCUUGAGCAAUAAGGCGCCAUAUUUUGUUUAAAGGCUGUUCAGUGUGGGUGAUUCCAUAAUUCAGAUUGACAACCCACUCACAACACUUGACUCAACCCAUGCGCUCCACUCAAUAUAUUUGCUUACACCAAAAAGUUCACGUUAUAUUUAGUCAUGGUGGAAUGGAGAUAAACAUACAGGGUUUUCAGUGUAGAGCUAGGUUACCUGUAGAUUUAACCCUGCUAAAUUUAACAUUUGAAACCUCACACUGUGCAUAUACGGUUCCAAAAUCAAUUUCCCAGUCUUCCAAAUUCAGUUUAUCACCUAAAUGUACCACGUCAUUUCAACAAAACAUUAACAAGCUUGCUUAUUUCUUUUCUAUUUAGCGGGUGGUCGGGUAGCCUCGUGGUUAAAGCGUUAGCUCAUCACCCGGGUUCGAUUCCCGACAUGGGUACAAUGUAUGGAACCCAUUUCUGGUGUCCCCUGUCACGAUAUUGCUGGAAUAUUGCUAAAAGUGGCGUAAACCAUACUCACUCACUCUUUUCUAUUUAAGGUUUAUUUUAUGCAUUGAUUACUAGAUCUAUGUCUAAUAUUUAGUAAAAUAUAUUUUCCUUUGAUUAAAUAGAUUCUAAACAUACACUAGAUCUAAUUACUUAUUAUUAAGAUAUUUAUUACAAAUUAUAGGGAGACAAUAAAAACAUAAAAAAAGUAGCACAAACAUAUCCUGCUGGUCAUAAGGGAAAUUCCAACUGUGAAAUCUGUAGUGAAAUCUUGUACAAACAUCAUUAAGGAACGUGUGGCAGGAUUUCCUGUUCAUACCAGCCUGGCUGUGCAAUAUGGUCUAUCGGACAUUUGAUUAUGUAUGGAAUAGGAAUAAAAGUUUGAGAAGAUUUGUCUUGUCUGCUGCUGAGUUUGUUAAGUAAUUGUGUUUGUAUUAAGUGCCAUGCUCCCAUAAGCACCCACUGACCAUCUGUUAGACUUGUCAGCAAGUACCUAAUCUUGAUAAGCGCCUAUAAAGUUUACAUGAUAGUCCUGAUGAUACACAUUUUUUACAGAAAAUAUGGCUAAGUAGAAAGGGGCGUACAUUGUACAUGCUUACAUUAAUCAAAUGGUAACCUGUCAAACUGUUCUAUACAUUAAAAAAACUACCCGGUGAUGCCAAAUGUGAAUUUACUGACCCAAAAUGUUUUCUGUCUUUGAUACACUUCACAUAAAAAGCAAUGAGAAUAAGUUGGAGAGUUUAUUCAUGGUGCAAUAAUGGUUGCAGAUUAAUUUCUUUAUAUUUUUGCAUGAAACAAUCACCAAUCAAAUGAUCAAAACGUGACAUACUCCCCGGUAUAAAGAUUGUCAUUCACCUAGUGUUUUAGCCUGUUGUUUGUUGGUAUGCACCAGAUUGUCGUGUAUGGUUUUAAUAAGUGCCCCCUUCAUCAAUUUCUGAACAUACACAGGGCCUUAUUAGUGCGAAAAUAGUUGCGAAAAAAAGCUUCAAAUAAGGUCACAAGGGAAAACCCUUGAAAACCCAAAACAUUUUUGUUUGCAUUUGUUUUCUUCUUAUUUUCUCAGAUUGACACUACUUUCAAGUCAUCACAUUUUUUAAAUUUUGUCUAUAUUUUGACAGCAGGCCUUAUGGUUUAUGCUGUUUGUUUAUGUUAAUUGGUCAUACACCAAGUAAUGAGCCUUUAAUGCCGCUAUGUUGUGCUUUUUUGAAAGUAUUUGAAAGAAACAUUCCUGUUUCUUCUGAACAUAUAUGUUGACAAGAUAGUCUUUUUUUUUCUUAAUUCCAGACAGUACUUGCACUUUGACCAAUCCCUUCGGAGCUCCAAAUCUUCUCUCCUGAAAUUGACAUUUGGCAUCAAACCAGAGCAAACAUCAGUAACAAAAUGGCCAGACCAAAGUUGAUUGUUUUUGAUUUAGAUUACACCCUGUGGCCAUUUUGGGUGGACACACAUCAUGAUCCCCCUUUCUUGAAAAGAAGUGAUGGGCAGGUGUAUGAUCGGCAUGGGAAGAUGGUCAUCUGCUACCCUGACGUACCCCAGGUGCUCCAUCGGCUCCACUCAGAGGGCUACACACUGGCCGUUGCUUCAAGAUCAUCUACCCCUCCUGAUGCACAUGAAUUGUGUCAUCUGUUUGACUGGGACAGAUACUUCACAUAUAAAGAAAUCUACCCUGGAUCUAAAGUCACACACUUUGGAAGGUUUGUGGAGGAAAGUGGCAUCCCUUAUGAAGACAUGCUGUUCUUUGAUGACGAGCAGAGAAAUAUUAUUGAAUUGAGGAAUAUAGGUGUGACCAGCAUCAUGGUCAAUGAUGGUGUUACAGAGGCAUUGAUCAAAGAAGGUCUAGAGACAUUUCAACACAACCGACAACAGCAUAGAUAACACCCACCUGACUUAGAUUUACAACUGCACUUGUGAAUGAAGCAUCAUGGUUGGGACUUUUACUUUUAUCCACUUUUCCCUUCUUAUCUAUUAUACUGGUAUAUUUAUUUGUUGCUGCAAAACUUUUGUUUUGGGAUUAUGCCAUCCUUUGUCCACAUCCAUUGUCCAACAGAAUUGAAACUUGACCUCCAUACACCAUAAUUUGUAUGGAUUACUGCAAUUUUUACAUGGUAAUAAGGCAUGAUCCCAAUAAUGGUGUCUUAGAAACAUGCCAAAAGAAUUCAGUUCUUGUUUGCCAUGUCAAUUAUUAAUGCAUCAUUAUUAAAUUUAACAAAUGUCAUAUUUGGGAUAACACUUGCUUUAAUUUUUGGGGCAUAUUUUAAUGAUAACCAUAACACUGUUAGUAAACAAUUAUCACAUGUAAUUAUUUUCUGCUUCAAAACUAAGUACAUUGUAAUUCUUAGCAGCAGUCAGCCAAAGCAAGUUAGGUCUGGUUUCCAACAUCCUUCGUGUUCUGCUCAUUGAUCUAUUUACCAGGUGACAAUGUCAGAUACAUUAUGUAUCAGUAUUCUCUGCAGUGCUUUGAAUGAUGAAGCAAUAUUCAAGUAAUAAAAGUUUUUAUUUGA